AUGAGUGCCGAAAUAGUGUUUUCUAUAAUAAUAUUAGCAAUUAUCAAUAUUAUUUUUAUAUUGGAUAUAAUUGGAUGUAUUUUUAUUUUCUUUCGCGUUAGCAAAAUUUAUGCUCUCUUAAAUGAAAAGCGAAUGUCUCCAGGGAUUAAAUUCCCUUUUUAUUUAGCUAUCACUUUUCAUUUGGAAUUGGAUAAAUUGGAUCAAUCGGGUAAUUAUAAUUUUAGUAUAUAUGAAUUGAAGAAGCUUAAAUCUUAUAUUUCUUUAUUUAUUAUUUUAUGGGCGUUGAUAAUUACAUUUCACUUGUUGGGAUUUCACAAAUAUAAGGCUUUUGACAUAUCAUACGCAAUUGCAGGAAUUUGUCACGUCAUUUUAUUUAUUGUAAUAGAAGGAUUUUUCUUUAAACCAGACUCAAUCGUACAACAACAACAAGAAUCGCAGCAAAUAAAUGAUCCCGAGACCGGUAUAAUAUCAUCUGUUGAGAAUAGACAAGAACGUCCUCCUUCUGAAACUGUUUCUAAAUAA